UGAUGAUGAUGACGCACUAAAAGAGAAGAUGGAUCAGUGUUUGGUCCCAGCCGCUCAACCGUCAGAUCAUCUGUAGAAACUGAUUUCUACCUCUAAAAGCAGCAGAUGCAGGAGCCGCUGGGAGCCGCGCGGUGGCGCCGUUUCCUCCCUCUGCUCCACGCGCUGCCUGCUGCUGUGGGCAGAAGAAGAAGUUCUGCCUGAAUCUGAAACUGUGAAGAACCAAAGUUCUGAUCCAACACGGCCUCAUGUAGCGCUGCUGAAGUCCAGCUCCGACCGGGUCGGAACCGGGUCCAGUUCCGAUGUCAUACUGAAGAGUCUCUGUGGUCCAACCCGGGCUGAGCUGAAGAACCAUCUUGAUUCAGAAGGGUUGGUCGGAACCGGGUCGGAACCUCUAUCAUAAAUAAAACUGUCACAUGAAGCACAACAUGAGCGUUUCUGUGGUUUUAUUGAACGUUCGGCUCCGUGUUCAGAACCGGCUCCGCUCGGUUGGUUACCACAUGGUUCCCAUCAGCGGUCAUGGACUCGGAACCGAAGAGCUCCAGAAUCUCAGCCAGUUUGGAUCCGUCUGGUUCUGGGGGAGGAGUCAGAUCAGCGUCACGUGACUUACUGCGUCAUCAUCAUGGCGGCUGCCGGUGUCGUUCACGGUGAGGUUGGUGGUUGGUGACGGAAUGAGGUGAAGAGCAGCAGAACCAGAAGAAGAGAAAAGAAUCUACUCGGCAGCUGAACAGACCUGUGGGCUUUGACUAGACCCUCCGGCUGACCAGUUCGUUCCAACUCAGUUCCUGUAGACGGAUCUGCUGUAGCAGUCUGUGUCACAUCGAACUGGAAGAAGCUUCUGACUGACACCGUUUCAUGAAGAGGAUGUGAGGACAGAUGCAGUUUGUCUCCUGGCUGAACAGAAACACCUGUCCUCCACCUGUGUCCUCUGUAGCUAUGAGUGUGAUGUCAUCAGUGAUGCGGGCUGCGCGGCUGCUCCGGAGCCCGCCCCUGCUCACCUGGCCUCAGAGCAGACCACUGACCUCCAAGCAGGUCAAAGGUCAGAGGAAGGAGCAGAAGAAGCUCAAAGUGGACAAACAGGAAGUGGAGAUCAGACAGGGCAUGACGGCGGCGGCGCUGGCGGCGGCCAUGAACAGAGACUUUGACCACGUUCUGGAGGCGCUGCUCAACACACCGGCGGACCUGGACUCGCUCGGGCCCGACUCGGUUCUGGAGGACAGCUGGAUCAAGGAGGCGGUGAUCCGGUCCGGGAUGAAGUUCACAUGGGCCAAGCUGAGCGAGAGCCGAGAGCGGCCCGACAGAGACGCCCAGAGGAGGCCCCCCGCUGACCCCGCGCUCCUGGUGAGUCGCCCCCCGGUGGUCACCAUCAUGGGUCACGUGGAUCACGGGAAAACGACGCUGCUGGACAGCCUGAGGAAGAGCCAGCUGGUCGCCAUGGAGGCCGGCGGCAUCACGCAGCACAUCGGAGCCUUUCUGGUCCAGCUGCCGACUGGGGAGCGGAUCACCUUCCUGGACACGCCGGGCCACGCUGCCUUCUCCUCCAUGAGGGCCCGCGGCGCCAACGCCACCGACAUCGUGGUGCUGGUGGUGGCGGCCGACGACGGCGUCAUGAACCAGACCGUGGAGUCGGUCCAACACGCCAAGAACGCCAAAGUGCCCAUCAUCGUGGCGAUCAAUAAGUGUGACAAGCCGCAGGCCGACCCCCAGCGGGUGAAGCGGGAGCUGCUGGCGCACGGCGUCGUCUGCGAGGAGUUCGGCGGCGACGUUCAGGCCAUCCACGUCUCGGCUCUGAAGGGCGACAACCUGCAGGCUCUGGCCGAGGCCACGGUGGCGCUGGCCGAGGUUCUGGAGCUGAAGGCGGACCCGGACGGCCCGGUGGAGGCCGUCGUUAUCGAGAGCCGGACCGACAAAGGCAAAGGCCCCGUGACCACGGCCAUCGUCCAGAGGGGGACGCUGCGGCGCGGCUGCGUCCUGGUGGCCGCGUGCUGGGCCAAGGUCCGCUUCCUGUUCGACGAGAACGGCCGCACGGUGCCGGAGGCGGCGCCGAGCGCGGCGGUCCAGGUGGUCGGAUGGAAGGAGCUGCCGUCUGCCGGAGAGACGGUGCUGGAGGUGGAGUCAGAGCAGCGGGCCAGAGAGGUGGUGGAGUGGAGGAGCUACCAGGCGGAGCAGCACAAGCUGCUGGAGGAGCAGAGCGCCAUCCAGCUCAAGCAGCAGCGCCACCUGGAGGAGUGGCGGGAGCGCGAGCCGCUGGCCCACCUGAGCUGGCGCCAGAGGAGGAAGGCGCUGUACCGGUCCGACAAGACCCGCUUCUCCAUGCGGCCCAGCGAGCGGACAGAGAGCGACGAGGUCAGCCUGCCGCUCGUCAUCAAAGGAGACGUGGACGGGUCGGUGGAGACGCUGCUGAACAUCCUGGACGGCUACGACGCCCAGGACGAGUGCCAGCUGGACGUGAUCCACUUUGGCGUCGGCGACGUCUCGGAGAACGACGUCAACAUGGCCGCCGCGUUUGGAGGGUCGGUGUACGGCUUCAACGUGGCGGCGAGCCGCAGCGUGACGCAGCUGGCGGCGCGGCGGGGCGUGGCCCUGCGGCUGCACCGCGUCAUCUACCAGCUGGUGGAGCAGCUGCGCCAGGAGCUGAGCGGCAAGCUGCCGCCGCAGCGCCGCUGCUGCACCGUGGGUGAGGCGACGGUCCUCGCCGUCUUCGACGUCUCUGUGGGGAAGAAGAAGGUUUUGGUGGCCGGCUGCCGGGUCCAGAAGGGUCAACUGGACCGCCGGCUGAAGUUCCGGCUGAUCCGAGGACGAGACACGGUGUGGGAGGGUUCCGUGUCGGCGCUGAAGCACCAUAAGGACGACGUGGCGACGGCGAAGGCGGGCAUGGAGUGCGGCGUGUCGCUGGACGGCGAGGUGGAAUUCAGCGCCGGUGAUGUCAUCGAAUGCUUCGAGGAGCAGGAAGUUCUUCGGGUCACUUCCUGGGACCCUGGGUUCUGACCGGACCGGACCCUCAGACUGAGAAACGACUCGGUUCGGUUCUGAAGC